CAGGAGGUGUCUGCUGGACGUGGUGUGCGCCAUUCGAACGCCGAUGCUGUGUUGUACAUAUUGUUUAUAUAUAGAAAGAUAGAACAUCACUGUGUUCCCAAAGUGUGAGUGUGGAUGUGCGAGUGUGUCUGGUGGCUUUCAAAUUGGAAUUGAAAGAGGAAUACGUGUAUAUGCGCUGCACCAGCACCCAGCCGUUUGAAAUAAUGCCACAGGCCGAAAAUGUGAAUAUAUCCUAAUUACACAUUUUCCGAUCCAUUGUGCCCGACGAAUACGCGUAAUUACCAGCGGAAAAUUUCAUUUCAGUGAAUCGGAAACGGAAAAAUUCAAAUUUUUACCAUCGUUUGUGUGCGGCGCAUUCUAAAUAUAAAUAAAAGAAAUCACUUUCGGUUAAUGCCGCGUCGAAAAUACCCAUCCGACAAUACUGCGCCCUAAUCCUACAUAGCAAGUCCUGCAAGUCCCAUGCCAAAGUGGCCCGGUUUCGGCUAAUUAUAUAGUGAGACCUGAGACCUGAGACCCGAGCAUGGAGAGAUCGCCAGCAGCCAAUGCCGCGGAGCCUCCUGGCGAGGAUGAGGCGCCCGAGACUGGCCACCGACCACCGCCUCGCAUCACGUUCAGCGAGAACUCCAGUUCCCUAAUCCGCUGCAUCCCCAACGAACGGGCCACGUUCUUCGUGAAGAUCGACUGCGCCGAAGAGGAUGAGCCCGAACUGCUGCCCUUCAAAUUCGAGUGGAGCCGUGGUGAGAUUCCCAUUGAGAACUCCGACCGCUUCCGCAUCACGGCCACCAGCAAUGCCGUCCAGCUGGCCGUGGAGCAUGUGCAGCGGGAGGACGCCGGCCACUACACGCUGUUCGCCCGGACGAAGAGCCAGGAUGUGGUGCGCAGGCACGUGGAGCUCAUCGUGGAGGACAGAUCCACGGGCGACGAUCCGCCGGUGUUCCUGCGCCGCCUGCCCGACCUGUCCGUCAAAGUGGGCACCCGGACACGCCUUCUAACCGAAAUACGCAGCUCAACAGAUCUUAAGCUCACCUGGUACAGAAAUGACCGAAGAGUGUGCGCGAACGACCGCAUCACGGAGAUCAAUGAGGGCACCUUCCACUACUUGGAGAUUAGUCCCGUGACGCUGGACGACGGCGGUCAGUGGAUGCUCAUGGCGGAGAACUUUGGCGGACGCAACUCCUGCCUGGGUAAUCUGAAUGUCUUGGUGCCGAAGGCCUACAAAACACCCGAGUUCGUGGAGGAACUGCGCGCAGUGCUCACGGAGCAGGGAACCGUCUCGUUGGAGUGCAAGGUGGUGGGUGUGCCCACGCCCCAUUUGCGCUGGUUCAAGGACUCCAAGGAGAUCAAGGCUGGCGACAUCUUUGCCCUGACCGCCAACGCAGAUGACCCCACCUCGCUGGGCACGUACACGUGCGAGGCUCGUAACUGCAUGGGCGUCAACUACUCCAGCUCCAAGGUGCAUGUGGUGGGACGCGGAAGUCGCGAGGGAUCCCUCAAGCCAGCGGACAGCGUGGCAGGCAAUGCUCCGCCUCCGAUAUUCACGAACGAACUGCGAGACAUGAGCCUGCUCAUUGGGGAGACCAUCAUUCUCGGCUGUCAAGUUGUGGUGCCGCCGUGGCCGAAGAGCGUCUGCUGGUACAAUGCGAGCGGUCGCGUGGAGACCGCCGAGCGGUACAAGCUGAUCGAGGACGGUCUGGGUGUCUACAUGAUCGAGGUGAAGCCAUCGGAGUCCUGCGAUGCCGGCGAAUGGAAAUGCGUGGUGACCAGCUUCGAUGGCAGUAAGGGCAUUUCAACGUGUUCCGUUGCCAUGGACAUACCCAGAAACUAUCGCAAGCCCAGGUUCAUGGAGAGUCUGCGCGCCGUGCUCACCGAGGAGGGACUGGUGUCCUUUGAGUGCAAGGUGGUGGGCUUUCCCACGCCCAUUCUCAAGUGGUUUAAGGAUGGUCACGAACUGAAACCAGGAGAUGUCUACCAGCUGACGGGCACCAACUCAUUGGGCACCUACUGCUGCAUUGCGCGCAAUUGUAUGGGAGAAACCAGCAGCACUGCCGUCCUCACCGUGGAGGACAUUCAGAACCAACUGACCGACGAGGAGCGUCUUGUGUUCACCGAACAAAAUCAGAACCAAGCGCCAAAGUUUCUAACUGGACUGAAAAGCACAGAUGCUAAAAUCAACGAACCCUUUCAGUUCAAGGUGGUGGUGAAGGCCACUCCGGAUCCCAUACUUUCCUGGUUCCGCGACGAGCUGCCCAUCGAUCCGAACGAAAGAUAUAACCAUUAUCGUGGUGAAAACGAAGACUGGCUGCUGGACAUUAAGUCCGUGGAGUUUGUGGAUCAAGCAGAGUGGAAGUGCGUUGCCGUGAACGACUUCGGCACCAGCAUCACCUCCUGUUUCCUGAAGCUGCAGAUACCGCGGCACUACAAGAAGCCCCGCUUCCUGGAAUGCCUGCGCGCUGUGCUCACUGAGGAGGGAGCCGUGAAUCUGGAGUGCAAGGUCAUCGGUGUUCCCCAGCCCGCCCUCAAGUGGUACAAGGAUGGGGUGGAGCUGAAGCCGGGCGACAUUCAUCGGAUUAUCUCUGGACAGGAUGGCACCUGCUGCCUGGGCACCUACACGUGCGAGGCGAGAAACUGCAUGGGUAUCGUUGCCAGUUCAGCCUCGUUGCUAGGCUUCGAGGAUGCCCAAAGAAGCCAGCAGCAGAAGAGCGAGCAACUCCACGAGAACGAGCUGCAGAGGAACUACUCCCUGUCCACCAUCCAGGAGGAGCGCACUUCUCAGCUGUACGAGACGCCAGUGGGUGACAUAACCAUCGAUGAAAAGGGUGAUGUGUCCUUCUCCUUCGAUGGCAAGGAGGUAUCGGUUUCACUCUACGAAACUCCCGAUCUUACGGAGGAGGAAGCCCUGAAGAUUGUGGAAAUGUAUGCCGAUCAAAUCUCGGAGCAUGUUACUGAGCACAACAUCGUCGAGCUGCCACCUCUUCGCUUCGUCAAGGAGACCUCGCAAUCGGGAAAACUUCUGAUGGAAGCGGUGGUCAUCGACAUUUCACCAGAAUAUUUCACAGUCGAGGACGAUAUGCGCACUGAGGCGGAUAUGGAUGACAUUUCUAUAAACGAGAUCACGGUACACGGUUCUUCGGGAAGGGAUGGCCGAGUGGACAAAGAGAUUGAUGAAUAUGUUCAGCAGUCCUUUGACAAAAUGGAGGAGGAACUAUCGCUAUCGGCUCCAAUACGAAAGCGAAAGAAGUCCAAGCCCACGGAAACAGAUGAGUUCUUUAGUUUAUCCAAAGCCUCCGCCUCUGGCAGUCAAGGUGAGGAGGAGACAUCAGAUUUGCAAACCUUUGCCAGCGCCCAGAUGUCCGCAUCACAAAAGCCCGCCUCUGGGGCACAAAGUAGUCCGGAGAAGGACAAAGAUUCAGUGGCACCGCCCAAGCGUAAGAAGUCGAAAAAACCCACAGACACCGAUUCCUCCAAGACUACUGAGGAUGAUGCUCGCCUGCAGGAUAUUUCCGGUGCAGUGGGCGACGGACUGAUGGUAACCCCAUCCUCCCAUGCAAAGGCUGUUACCGAUGAGAAUGAGAUUAAUAAAAAUCUGAUUGCCCUCGUUCCGCUCGCAAAGUUGCUGAAGGUUAUUGACAAUCAUUUGAGUGCCGUCGAGAAUGAGGUGAUGGAACAAUCCACCAUGAUGAUGACUCCCUCGGCAGCGGAUCAGAGCAUAGCCAUCAUCCGCAAUAUAAUCGAUCCCAUCAAGCAAAUCGAAUCGAAAUUAAGGGUUUACUCUGGUGAGACUCAAAUCGACGCCCUCAUCCAAUCGAUGGAUGAGGACAUCCGCCGACUACACUUGGGUCUCCAGGUGAUUGAAAAGUGCGUGGAGAUCGACGAGACUGGAGCCACGCUCAUCCAACGCACCAGUGUCUGCAUUAUUGACAGCGUGGCCGAGCAGAUGAAGAGGGCGCUGGAGGAGCUGAAAAUCGUUAGCAGGAAGUUCGAGUCGGAGUGUCUACGGGCCCAAAUCGAACUGACUGCCGAUGACAUCCAACAGGGAUUAGAGAUCACGCAGGGCACAAUUAAGUCGCAGGCUCUUCUGCAGGAGGCGCAAGAACUGGAGGCAGCAAAGCAUUUCUCGGAAACGGUUGAAAAAAUGCAAGAAGUACCCGAUUCCGUGUCUUUUGCCACCAUUUCGGAGGCCAAUCUGCCCAGCGAAGCAAGCGCUCUAAAGGAGAUUUGCCAACCGGUUUCAAAGAUUCAGGAAGCACUAGAGCGCGUCGAAAUAGAACUAUCGCUGGAGGAGUCCGAGGAGGAGAUCUACAAGAAGGUGCACCAGAAGGUGCUCGAGAGCAUUGUGGAGCCGAUAAAGCAGCUCCAAAACACACUGCAGUCCAUUGAAGAUAAGACGGAGUCCCUCGCGGGAUCAGAGUCAAUUGAGCAGAAAAUAAACAUGGCCAUUCUGGAUAUCGUUACGCCACCUCUUUUCGAGCUCAAAAAGGGCCUAGAAGUAAUUCUUAGCGAAAAAUCAGGCAGUGUGGAGGGUGGAAUGCUGACAGUUAGCACUGUGGAAUCGAUGGUGCCCCCGCUGCAAGAGAUUCAAAACGGCCUCGCGCAGCUGGGACAAGAACUUGAAAGUGGUCAUGACCAUGUGCCUCAGGAGGAACUGCGAUCUGAGCUAGCUUUGGGUGUGGCUGAUACCCAGAAACUAUUACAGUCAUUUGCCCAGGCUGUCUUACAUUUUGAGACGAACAUCGAGAGGAUCUCUGCCCGACUCUCCCCUAACGUUAAGAUUCGCUUGCUGAACCUAAAGGAUGAACUGUCAGCUCUAAUAGGAUCUAUUUUGGAAAGAGAAAUUACCGGACAUCAUGUAGAAUUGCUGGACAGGCUAAAGCGACCCGUCGACGAGCUAAACUACUGCAUCCGUCAGACCGAGGUCAAGAAUAUGACCGGUUCCUUAGCCGACUUGAUUGAACCACUGAGUAUGUUGCAGGAGAACACCCAAAAAGGUCACCAGCGUUUGCUGGUCGCUCGGGAACCCGACCAGCAGGCUCUCCAGACCCUGGACAAUAUACGCAGCCUCAUCCGCAACGUGGUCAUCGAUAUAGAAGAGCACGAGUUUAAGAUUCUGCAGCAAGAGAUUCAACAGGAUGAGGAGCAAGCGUCGCAGCACCAGGACAAAUCCUUUAGUGCCCUGCGCAAAGUGCUGGAGACUAAGGUGUCCUUGGAGGAAGCCGUUGCCAACAUAGAAACCCUGCAGGAAGCGUUAAACAAAAUAAGCGAAAGCCCCAAGGCUUCAGAACGAGUGAAGACCUCCUCAAACGAAGCCCAAGUAUACCUUCUGCGUAUCCUGCAAAUUGCUAAAGGACUGGCGACAUUUAGCGAGUCUGAGACAAAACUCGACGUCAACGAGGCCAACACAACUAGAAUUCUUUUCGAGUGUGGCAAAAGUUUUGCUGACUUGGCUAAAGCCUUACACACUCCCGAAUCCUUGACUGAGAGUGAAUUCAUAAACGCACUGAAUCAGUUUGGUGACAUUGUUGGCCAACAAAAGGAUACAAUGGAUGAGAAACUUUCCAUUGCCAGUCCGCUCUCCAGUCUGAUUCAUGUGCUCCAAAAUUUGAAGCCCCCGAGAGCUUCAAUGGAGGACUUAUCCACCUUGGAUGAUGUGUCAGUGCUUAAGUCAGCCGCAGAGUCUUUGCCCACUGAUCCGGAUGCGGGUGUGCCCGCAAGUCCAAAGAAACUGUCGACUGUGGCGGUUUUAUUGUCUGACUUGAACCAGGGAAUCUCAUCGGUACUUUCGCAUUCCGAAGAUCCUGACGUGGUUUCUUUAUCGGGACCAGCUGCUCAGCAGGUACAGGCAGCCCUCGUUAAGAUGCAAGAGCUGCAAAGUAGCUUGGCAGUGGUCCAGGAAACCAACUUGUUGGAAGCGGCUCAUUCCAUGUCAGAGGCCAGUCAACAGGGAACAUUCGCCGAGGCGCUCUGCAGCUUGGAGCGCUGUGUUCUUCAGGUGGAGGAGUGCAUGGCCCACAGUGGCGUCGAGAGUUUGACUGAUCUGGAACUGUCCAAGCUCAAGACCCUGGCCACUCCAUUACACGACGUAAGGCAGUACUGUGAGCAGAUUGAUGUGCAACUCCUCGAAAAUGUCACUGAUAUUUCAACGCAGGGAGAUAUCUCUGAACUUAAGAGCAGUGGCCAUCAGCAAACCGUAUCAGAUCACAUCCAGGAAGUAGCCGUCGUGGAGGAAGAGCCACAAGUGGAUGUAUUCGAUAUACAGCAAGGUGUCGCCAGUGGCAUCAAGCAAUUAGAAGCCUGUUUGGAAGUCACCCAGACGGAUGCCAAUAAAGAGCUUCAGCAAGUUGGAAAAAUAAUGGAGCAACUGAAGUCAGAUCUGGAGAACAUACAGAUAGCCCUUGUCACUGAUACUGUUCAACAGGAAACCGUUCUGGCCCAAGCGGAAAUAGCUCGCACCAUGUUCAGAUUGAAGGAGUGUUUGGUGCACACCUAUGAGUCUGGGUUGGUGGACUCCUUGGAGAACGUAGAGAGUGCCUUUGAAGACAUACUGCUUUCGUUGCCAAUUCUAGAAACUCAGUUGGCCGAAGAAAUGUUCGCCAAAAUCGAAAAGGCAUUCGCAAAAUUUGUUGCGUACUGUGAGCGCCCAGACGCUGUGGAUUAUCAAAAAUUAAAAACUUUAAAGCAACCUAUUGAAGGUCUAGUAAGUUCUAUUGGAACUGUGGCCGCUCAGCCCACCGUAGAUGUCGAAAAAUCGUCUUCGGUUGUUGUUCAGCUUCAGACUAGUCUAAUGGCUGCUUUUCGAGGUAUCAACGAUGUCAGCGAGCAGAUUAGUAACGAAGUCCUAGGUGGCCUUUUGAAAACCCAAAGCAGCUUAGUGGCUGUCUUUGAUUUUAUUGAGGGCAAUGACAAUACAAUUCGUGUCAUAGAACUGUUGCAGGAAAUGGAUUCUAUUACUGCGGAAUUGAAGGCAUUGACUGAAAUUCAUGUUGAGCCCACAGUGCCAAUCGAUAUAGGCAUAAUUAUUGAAAAUGUUUCGUCCGGAAAAGCAUUUCUUGCCGAAAUCGUUAAAGGACUUCGAUCAGAUAGCCCGAUAUAUAAUCUUUUGAUAGAUAAAUAUACGAAUGAAAUCGCUGAGCUAGAGGAAACUCUUGUGCAAAUCGAGAAUGAAAUCCUUUCUCAACCCCAACUCACUCAGAUAACCACUAAGCAGUUGGCCCUCAUAGAUGCACUGCAGCUGCAGAUCAGUAAUCUUCAGGAUAAACUGAACAAACUGAACGUGUCUUUUGCCGAACUUCAAAAUCAAUCGGAUGUCUCGUCACCUGAAUCAGCCUUGGAAACUGACAUAGAUAUUAAAGAGGGAUCAGGAAGCCAGGAAGACGUUGAACCCGAGGCUAAAAGACCCAAAAUUUUGGAACCCGAUCAACAACUGGAUUCUUACAAACAACCCGACACUCAACAAGAAGUACCUAAGAAAACUGUUGAUGAAACCAAGAAGGAGAGUGAAGCAGAAUCAAAGCUACAAAACCAAAGUGAGUUAUCUGCUCAGAAAGAUGAUCAGAAGGCAGAUAAAAUAUCUGAACAAGAAAAACAAGAAAAGAGUGAACAGCAAUUGGAAAAAGAGGUUAAUGCUGAGGUAAAACCAACUGAAGUUGAGCCUCAAAAGGCAUCACCUGAAACUAUUUUGGAAGCUCUAACCGAAAAGUUAUCGCAAUCUUCUAACAAUGCUAUGCAAAAUGAAGCAGUUAAACCAAUCAUGACAGAAUGCCAAGAUAUUCUUGAUAAUAUUGAUAAUAUCGAAAAAGUUUCAAAGUCAAUAUUCAAGUUAAGAGAGCACAUUGUUCACACUUAUGAUGGCAAGCCACCAGAGGAACAGACCGAGAAGGAACUCGUUGAAGAACUUAUUGAAUCCCUCUUCGAAGCCUGUCCAGAAGCCACUGAGCACGUAAUUCAAACCUACAUUAAAGAAAUUAAAACCAACAUUAUUUUGACAAAAGCGGCAAUUCAACUUAUUGACGAUAGCAACAUGUUUACAAAGCCGUCUCUGCUAGUUCCUAAACUUGUAAAUCUUGAAAAACUUUCAGAAAAAACUCAGUCGAUCAAAAAUAUGGAUAAGUCAUCAAAAGAAAUGAUUAGCUUGCAACAGAAUUUGAUGGAUAUAUUUAUCAUAUUUGAUGACCUUCUAGAUGAAAGAACGGAAAAAAUAAAUCCGAAAAUAGAAGAAAUCAAAAAAAUACUGCUCAGUGAAUAUGACUACAUUGAGAAAAAAGAUGGGCAACUUCACACUGCUGUGGUUAAUGGAAAAAUUCAAUUCAUUACUGAAAAGAUUCUUAAUAUUUGUGAGGAUUUUAAGGAAAUUAUUGAAAGUCAACACAAAUAUAAGGAUGCAGCAGAAGAUAUCAAAAAAUCAGAAACUGAAGAUGUUGUUGACCAUUCAAUCGAACGAAACCUUUUAGAAGAACCCCAGAAGCUGGAGAUUGAUACCGACAUUAAAUCAGACAAGGCGGAUUCUUUAGAUGAAUAUAUAUUGGAUAAUGAACAGUUGGAAAGUGAGAAACAAGAAGAUAAAGCUGUCGCAAAGGAGUCAAUGAAACCACAAGUAUCUGAAGAAGUAUCCGAAAAAUCGGAAGUAACUGACACUGAAGUUAAAUCAGAAAAAGCCUUGGAUAAACAAGCCCUGGAAGAAAAGCAACUACAGACUAGCGCACAAAAGCAAGCUGAUCAGGAUGUCGAACAGAAGUCCCAGAAACCAGAAGUAUCUCAGAACGUAGCUGAAAAGAUAUCUGAAGAAAAGAUUGAAGAACCCAGAAAACCAGAAGUAAAGGACACUGAAGUUAAACCAGAGGCAGCCGCAGCGUUGGAUAAACAAGCCCUGGAAGAAAAGCAAUUAGAGACUAGUGCACAAAGGCAAGCUGAUCAGGAUGUCGAACAGAAGUCCCAGACACCAGAAGUAUCUGAGGUCGCAGCUGAGAAGAUAUCUGAAGAAAAGAUUGAGGAACCCACGAAACCGGAAGUAAAGGACACCGAAGUUAGACCAGAGACAGCCGCAGCGUUGGAUAAACAAGCCCUGGAAGAAAAGCAAUUAGAGACUAGCGCACAAAAGCAAGCUGAUCAGGAUGUCGAACUGAAGUCCCAGACACCAGAAGUAUCUGAGGUCGUAGCUGAGAAGAUAUCUGAAGAAAAGAUUGAGGAACCCAAGAAACCUGAAGUAAAGGCCACUGAAGAUAAAUCAGAGAAAGCCGAAGUCUUGGAUAAACAAUCCAUGGAAGAAAAGCAACUACAGGGUAGCACACAAAAGCAAGCUAAUCAGGAUGUCGAACAGAAGUCCCAGACACCAAAAGUAUCUGAGGUCGCCGCUGAGAAGAUGUCUGAAGAAAAGAUUGAAGAACUCCAGAAACCUGAAGUUAAGGACACUGAAGUAAAAUCGGAGAAAGCCAAAGCCUUGGAUAAACAAGCCCUGGAGGAAAAGGAACUAGAGACUAGUGCACAAAAGCAAGCUGAUCAGGAUGUCGGACAGAAGUCCCAGAAACCAGAAGUAUCUGAGGUCGUAUCUGAGAAGAUAUCUGAAGAAAAGAUUGAGGAACCGAAGAAACCUGAAGUAAAGGACACUGAAGAUAUAUCAGAGAAAGCCGAAGUCUUGGAUAAACAAGCCCUGGAAGAAAAGCAAUUAGAGACUAGUACACAAAAGCAAGCUGAUCAGGAUGUCGAACAGAAGUCCCAGAAACCAGAAGUAUCUGAGGUCGUAUCUGAGAAGAUAUCUGAAGAAAAGGUUGAGGAACCCAAGAAACCUGAUUUGAAGGACACUGAAGAUAAAUCAGAGAAAGCCGAAGUCUUGGAUAAACAAGCCCUGGAGGAAAAGGAACUAGAGACUAGUGCACAAAAGCAAGCUGAUCAGGAUGUCGGACAGAAGUCCCAGAAACCAGAAGUAUCUGAGGUCGUAUCUGAGAAGAUAUCUGAAGAAAAGAUUGAGGAACCCAAGAAACCUGAAGUAAAGGACACUGAAGAUAUAUCAGAGAAAGCCGAAGUCUUGGAUAAACAAGCCCUGGAAGAAAAGCAAUUAGAGACUAGUACACAAAAGCAAGCUGAUCAGGAUGUCGAACAGAAGUCCCAGAAACCAGAAGUAUCUGAGGUCGUAUCUGAGAAGAUAUCUGAAGAAAAGGUUGAGGAACCCAAGAAACCUGAAGUGAAGGACACUGAAGAUAAAUCAGAGAAAGCCGAAGUCUUGGAUAAACAAGCCCUGGAAGAAAAGCAAUUAGAGACUAGUGCACAAAAGCAAGCUGAUCAGGAUGUCGAACAGAAGUCCCAGAAACCAGAAGUAUCUGAGGUCGUAUCUGAGAAGAUAUCUGAAGAAAAGAUUGAGGAACCCAAGAAACCUGAAGUAAAGGACACUGAAGAUAUAUCAGAGAAAGCCGAAGUCUUGGAUAAACAAUCCAUGGAAGAAAAGCAACUAGAGACUUGUGCACAAAAGCAAGCUGAUCAGGAUGUCGAACACAAGUCCCAGACACCAAAAGUAUCUGAGGUCGCAGCUGAGAAGAUGUCUGAAGAAAAGAUUGAAGAACUCCAGAAACCUGAAGCUAAGGACACUGAAGUUAAAUCGGAGAAAACCAAAGCCUUGGAUAAACAAGACCUGGAAGAAAAGCAUUUAGAGACUAGUGCACAAAAGCAAGCUGAUCAGGAUGUCGAACAGAAGUCCCAGAAACCAAAAGUAUCUGAGAAGAUAUCUGAAGAAAAGAUUGAGGAACCCAAGAAACCUGAAGUGAAGGACACUGAAGAUAAAUCAGAGAAAGCCGAAGUCUUGGAUAAACAAGCCCUGGAGGAAAAGGAACUAGAGACUAGUGCACAAAAGCAAGCUGAUCAGGAUGUCGAACAGAAGUCCCAGAAACCAGAAGUAUCUGAGGUCGUAGCUGAGAAGAUGUCUGAAGAAAAGAUUGAGGAACCGAAGAAACCUGAAGUAAAGGACACUGAAGUUAAAUCAGAGAAACCCGAAAUCUUUGAUAAACAAGCCCUGGAGGAAAAGGAACUAGGGACUAGUGCACAAAAGCAAGCUGAUCAGGAUGUCGGACAGAAGUCCCAGAAACCAGAAGUAUCUGAGGUCGUAUCUGAGAAGAUAUCUAAAGAAAAGAUUGAGGAACCCAAGAAACCUGAAGUAAAGGACACUGAAGAUAAAUCAGAGAAAGCCGCAGCCUUUGAUAAACAAGCCCUGGAGGAAAAGGAACUAGAGACUAGUGCACAAAAGCAAGCUGAUCAGGAUGUCGAACAGAAGUCCCAGAAACCAAAAGUAUCUGAGGUCGUAUCUGAGAAGAUAUCUGAAGAAAAGAUUGAGGAACCCAAGAAACCUGAAGUAAAGGACACUGUAGAUAAAUCAGAGAAAGCCGAAGCCUUUGAUAAACAAGUCCUGGAGGAAAAGGAACUAGAGACUAGUGCACAAAAGCAAGCUGAUCAGGAUGUCGAACAGAAGUCCCAGAAACCAGAAGUAUCUGAGGUCGUAGCUGAGAAGAUGUCUGAAGAAAAGAUUGAGGAACCAAAGAAACCUGAAGUAAAGGACACUGAUGUUAAAUCAGAGAAAGCCAAAGCCUUGGAUAAGCUUACCUUGGAAGAAAAAGAACUAGAGGCUAGUGCACAAAAGCAACUUGAUCAGGAGGGAAAAUCUCAAGAAGAUUUUAUAAGGAUAUUGAACGAAAGGCUCACAGCAUUAUCCCAAGCAGUAGGCUCUACUUGCGAUUACAUUUUGACAGAAAGUUAUGAAAUUGUCAAUUGCCUUGAAGAUGCUGUAGGGGUGGCAAAACUUUUAUUAAAAUUAAGGGACCAUAUAGUACACACCUACGACGGAAAAACAGAAAAAGAUGUAAAAGAUAAAGAGCUCUUCGAAUCAUUUAUUGAAACGCUGUGCGAAGCCUCCGUUGAAGCAGCCGAGAAAGUAAAACUCAAUUACCUUAAGGAAAUUAAAACCAAUGUGAUUUUAACAAAAGCAACUAUUAAACUAAUCGACGACUGUAAUAUGUUUACAAAACCGUCCUUAUUAAUCCCCAAACUUUUAAAUUUGGAGAGAGUUGCCGUAAAAAUUCAAUCAGAAACACAUGUUGAUAAGUCAUCGGAAAAAAUGAUUAGUUUGCAACAGAGUUUAAUGGAUAUUUUCGUAAUUCUUGAUGACUUCCUAGAUGAUGAGACGGAAAUUUUAAAACCAAAAAUUGAGAAUAUUAAAACAACUUUGCUCAGUGACUAUGACUAUAUUGAGAAAAAAGAUGAACCACUAUUAACGGCUGUAAUAAGUGGUAAGAUUAAAGUUGUUUCGCAAAAUAUUUUAACUAUUAUUGAAGAACUUAAACAAUUGACUGAAAAGCAUGAUCAAAACUUGCAAGGCGCAAAGGCAGACAAAUCCCAAGAGGCUCUAGGGUCCGAAAUUGUUUCCGAAAAGUUUACUGAAGAGAAGGCAGAAGAAAGCCAAAAGAAGGAGGUCAAGGACUCUGAAGCCAAACCUAAGAAAGCAAAGGUUUUGGAGAAGAAAUCAAUCGAAGAAGAGAAACUGGAUGAAAAGAAGGUAAAACAGGCGGAGUCCACUAUUGAUAACCAAUACCAAAAGGCUCAGGUGUCCGAAAUUGUUUCCGAAAAGAUUAUGCAAGAGAAGGCAGAAGAAAGCCAAAAAGAGGUGGUCAAGGACUCUGAAGCCAAACCCAAGAAAGCAAAGGUUUUGGAGAAGAAAUCAAUCGAAGAAGAGAAACUGGAUGAAAAGAAGGAAAAACAGGCGGAGUCCACUAUCGAUAAUAAAUCCCAAAAGGUUCAGGUGUCCGAAAUUGUUUCCGAAAAGAUUACGGAAGAGAAGGCAGAAGAAAGCCAAAAGGAGGAGGUCAAGGACUCUGAAGCCAAACCUAAGAAAGCAAAGGUUUCGGAGAAGAAAUCAAUCGAAGAAGAGAAACUGGAGGAAAAGAAAGAAACACAAACGAAGUCCGCUGUCGAUAAAAAAUCCGAAAAGGCUAAGGUGUCCGAAAUUGUUUCCGAAAAGGUUACGCAAGAGAAGGCAGAAGAAAGCCAAAAAGAGGAGGUCAAGGACUCUGAAGCCAAACCCAAGAAAGCAAAGGUUUUGGAGAAGAAAUCAAUCGAAGAAGAGAAACUGGAUGAAAAGAAGGAAAAACCGGCGGAGUCCACAAUCGAUAAUAAAUCCCAAAAGGCUCAGGUGUCCGAAAUUGUUUCCGAAAAGAUAACGGAAGAGAAGGCAGAAGAAAGCCAAAAGAAGGAGGUCAAGGACUCUGAAGCCAAACCUAAGAAAGCAAAGGUUUCGGAGAAGAAAUCAAUCGAAGAAGAGAAACUGGAGGAAAAGAAAGACACCCAAACGGAGUCCGCUAUUAAUAACAAAUCCCAAAAGGCUCAGGUGUCCGAAAUUGUUUCCGAAAAGGUUACAGAAGAGAAGGCAGACGAAAGCCAAAAGGAGGAGGUCAAGGACUCUGAAGCCAAACCUAAGAAAGCAAAGGUUUCGGAGAAGAAAUCAAUCGAAGAAGAGAAACUGGAGGAAAAGAAAGAAACACGAACGGAGUCCGCUAUCGAUAACAAAUCCCAAAAGGCUCAGGUGUCCGAAAUUGUUUCCGAAAAGGUUACGCAAGAGAAGGCACAUGAAAGCCAAAAGGAGGAGGUCAAGGACUCUGAAGCCAAACCUAAUAAAGCAAAGGUUUCGGAGAAGAAAUCAAUCGAAGAGGAGAAACUGGAUGAAAAGAAGGAAAAACAGGCGGAGUCCACUAUUGAUAACCAAUCCCAAAAGGCACAGGUGUCCGAAAUUGUUUCCGAAAAGGUUACGCAAGAGAAGGCAGAAGAAAGCCAAAAGAAGGAGGUCAAGGACUCUGAAGCCAAACCUAAGAAAGCUAACGUUUUGGAGAAAUCAAUCGAAGAAGAGAAACUGGAUGAAAGGAAGGAAAAACAGGCGGAGUCCACUAUCGAUAUUAAAUCCCAAAAGGCUAAGGUGUCCGAAAAGGUUACGGAAGAGAAGGCAGACGAAAGCCAAAAGGAGGAGGUCAAGGACUCUGAAGCCAAACCUAAGAAAGCAAAGGUUUCGGAGAAGAAAUCAAUCGAAGAAGAGAAACUGGAGGAAAAGAAAGAAACACAAACGGAGUCCACUAUCGAUAACAAAUCCCAAAAGGCUCAGGUGUCCGAAAUUGUUUCCGAAAAGGUUACUCAAGAGAAGGCACAAGAAAGCCAAACGGAGGAGGUCAAGGACUCUGAAGCCAAACCUAAGAAAGCAAAGGUUUCGGAGAAGAAAUCAAUCGAAGAGGAGAAACUGGAUGAAAAGAAGGAAAAACAGGCGGAGUCCACUAUUGAUAACCAAUCCCAAAAGGCACAGGUGUCCGAAAUUGUUUCCGAAAAGGUUACGCAAGAGAAGGCAGAAGAAAGCCAAAAGAAGGAGGUCAAGGACUCUGAAGCCAAACCUAAGAAAGCUAACGUUUUGGAGAAAUCAAUCGAAGAAGAGAAACUGGAUGAAAGGAAGGAAAAACAGGCGGAGUCCACUAUCGAUAUUAAAUCCCAAAAGGCUAAGGUGUCCGAAAAGGUUACGGAAGAGAAGGCAGACGAAAGCCAAAAGGAGGAGGUCAAGGACUCUGAAGCCAAACCUAAGAAAGCAAAGGUUUCGGAGAAGAAAUCAAUCGAAGAAGAGAAACUGGAGGAAAAGAAAGAAACACGAACGGAGUCCGCUAUCGAUAACAAAUCCCAAAAGGCUCAGGUGUCCGAAAUUGUUUCCGAAAAGGUUACGCAAGAGAAGGCACAAGAAAGCCAAAAGGAGGAGGUCAAGGACUCUGAAGCCAAACCUAAGAAAGCAAAGGUUUCGGAGAAGAAAUCAAUCGAAGAAGAGAAACUGGAUGAAAAGAAGGUAAAACAGGCGGAGUCCACUACUGAUAACCAAUACCAAAAGGCUCAGGUGUCCGAAAUUGUUUCCGAAAAGAUUACGCAAGAGAAGGCAGAAGAAAGCCAAAAGAAGGAGGUCAAGGACUCUGAAGCCAAACCUAAGAAAGCAAAGGUUUUGGAGAAGAAAUCAAUCGAAGAAGAGAAACUGGAUAAAAAGAAAGAAAAACAGGCGCAGUCCGCUAUUGAUGAAAAAUCCCAAAAGGCUGAGGUGUCCGAAAAGAUUACUGAAGAGAAGGCAGAAGAAAGCCGAAAAGCGGAGGUCAAGGACUCUGAAUCCAAGUCUAAGAAGGCGAAGGUCUCGGAGAAGAAAUCUGCUAGCGAACCCGAAAAUACAAAGGUUGUCGAGGUAGUUUCCGACAAUAUAUCUGAAGAAAAGUCCGCUGAAAUUAAAACUCUCGAAAUUAAGGAGUCUGAGGCUAAAUCUAAAAAGUCAACCGUACAGGAAAUGAAAACAGUUGUUGAUGAGAUCCGCGGUAUAAGGGAGCAAAAACCAGAUGGGAAAGCUGACGAUGAAAAGAGUAAGGUGUUCGCUUCUGUUCCUGUAAAGCUUGAAGCUGAAAAAACAGAUCAACUUGGAGCAAUGAAACCAACUGUUCUGGAUGAAAACCUGCUUGUUGCAAAACGAAAGCCGCAUGAAGCUGAACAAACAGCAGAUUCUAUUAGCCUGCAAGCAUACAAGUCCAUGGACUCCGAGUACAAGGACCGAAAGGAAUCGCGAAGUGCCAAGCGGAAGCCAACUGUUGACAUUCAACUAACAAACCGAAACACGGCGUCUGGCAGCGACCUCAAGCUGACUUGUGGGCUAUCGGGUCACGAGAUGAAUGUGCAGUGGUUCAAGGAUAAGUGCCCCAUUGAGAAUGGUGCCAAGUACAGGAGAACAUUGAACGACGGACUGUCGUGCCUUGAAAUCAAAUCGGCCGAACUGAGUGACUCUGGCAUUUACCGCUGCAUAGCGUCCAAUCAAAAUGGAGAAGUCGAAACUAGCUGUCUUGUGACUAUAUACGAAGCACCUUCAAGUAAAUUUGGCACUCCGCCCAUAUUUACACGCAACAUUAGAGAUGCAUAUCAUUCUCAGGCUAACCAACUCACAUUGGAGUGCAAGGUAUCUGGCAGUCCCAAGCCCCAUAUUUACUGGCAGAGGGAUAAUACCCUGCUGCCCGUUGAGGGCACUAAGUACCAGUACGAAGAGCAAAGUGACGGCGUAAAACUCCUAACCAUUAACAACUUUGGCAGCAAUGACUCCGGCCUGUAUACGUGCUAUGCGGAGAGUGAAAAUGGCCAAAUGAAGAUCAGCAAAUUCGUCCAGGCCUCUGAUUAUGUUAGAGAGCGAAUUGCCGAGAAGAAACCGAUUGACAAGGUCAUCCAGGAGAUCAAACGAGAUGAAACCUCUAGUGUCGCGGCCAACGACACUGCAGCCGCCAAGGCGAAGGCUCGUGAGGCGAAGUUGCGACUGAAUCUGGAGACCAGUUUGAAGACCAUGACCAUCGGAAGUGGUAACAAGGCGCAGCUCAUCUGCUAUGUGACUGGUAUAAUCGAGGAUGUUCACUGGCUGAGGAACGAUGAGCGGGUGACUAAGGAUGCCCGGCAUAAGAUCUACAACAUAAACGGAGCCAUCAGCCUGGAAAUCUACGAUGCCCGGGUGGAGGACAGUGGUCACUACCGAUGCGUGGUGAAGAACAGCCGGCAGACCGUGGAAAGUGCUGGCCAGUUAAGUGUGCUGGAUCAGUCCACUGGCAAAUUGCCGGAAAGCUUCUCCAGUGGUAUUAUAGAAUCGUACGAUGACCAGCGUAAUGAGAUCGUGCUCAGUUGCCAGGUGAUUGGACGUCCAAAUGUCAGCUGGAUGCGUGAUGAUCACUCCAUAUGCAACAACCGGUACAGAACAGUAGAAGAACCAGGUGGCGUUAGAAAGCUGGUAAUACGCAAUCCCAUCUCCUCCGACUGCGGCAUCUUUGCCUGCUAUGCAGAGCACGAGCAUAGGAUUGACUCCACCAGCAUCACCAUCAAGGCGGCCGAUCUCAAGCGCCUGAUUAACGUCAGUCAGGAGGAGAUUCCGAGCAUUGGCGAUCAUGAUAGCACGCCUUGGUCACGUAGCCAGUCGCAUUUGAGUGCCGGCAGUCAGGUCAACGGCAAUGGAGAGCUUCAUCGAGCCGGCGAUCGUGUCCUACGCAGCGUGGGCAAGGGAAAACCACUGUUCCACACCCUUCUGCAUGAUCGCACUGUUUCGGAGGGAGCCAAUCUCCGGCUGCUUUGCGCCGUAUCCGGAGACGAGAACACGCACAUCGAGUGGCUGAAGAACCACAAACCGCUGCCCAGGGGCGACAAUCGUUAUCAGACCCUCUUCCUGAAUGGAGAAGCUUCGUUGGAGAUCUUUGCUGCGGUGGCCGACGAUAGUGGCCACUAUACCUGCUGUGCCUCGAACGAUUUUGGCGAGAGUUUAAGCCAUUCCCAGCUGCGCGUAUACAAGCACUUCCAGGAAGCCCCAUUGCCAAGUACUUUUACGCAGCCAAUCCGAGACACAUAUUCUCUCAACGAGAAUGAGUUGGUUCUGGAUUGCCGCGUACGUGGCCAGCCGCGUCCCGAAAUCCAGUGGAUCAAGGGCACGGAGCCCAUCGAGGGCAACGAGAAGUACAAGCUGAGCGACCAGGCCGAUGGCUAUGCCAAGCUGGUCAUCGUGAAUCCCACAGAGAAGGAUUCGGGCAUCUAUUGGUGUGUGGCCCGCAACGAGGGAGCGGAGAACAAGAUCUCCCACCAGGUGGACUUCAAGGGACGCCAGCACUACUCGCUGGAGAAGACGCACGGAUUCUUCCAUCGCGAUCCCAACAAGCCGCACUUCCUGCUUCCAUUGGGCAACCAAACGGUCUGCAACGGCGGCACCGUGGCCAUUUCCGCCCAAUUCAUGGAGACCAGCACACCCAUCGAGGUCAAGUGGCUUCGCGAUCGCAGGGUGGUGGAUGGACCCAAUGUCAAGGCCCUGGCCGAUCGCGGCGUCUAUACGCUGACCAUCAUGAAUGCCGGUCCCGAGGUGGAGGGCACCUAUACCUGCCGCGCCUCCAAUGCCUUUGGUCGCAUCGAAUCGAAUGUCAACGUCGAUGUGGCCGUGGGUGCUGAGAAGGAUGAGCGUCCUCCGCUGUUCCUCUCACGACCAGACACCGAAAUGAAGAUCGCCGUGGGUGAUCCCUUCUCGCUGUCCUUCCGCAUUGCCGGCGAUCCGAAACCAAAGCUCACCUUCAUGAAGGGCACGAAGGACAUUACCCAGUCGGAUCGGGUGAGCAAAGAGGUGUCCGAUGACUACACAAGAUUCUCAGUGCAGCAAGCCCAGAUCUCCGAUUCUGGCACCUACUUCGUGGUGGCCCGCAACAACUUUGGCACUGACAGGAUAUUCGUCACCGUGACGGUAAACCCGCGCGCUCGAUCCGCCACGCCAACGCAACCACGCUGGGGCCUUCCCCUGGACAGUUAUAGCGACACCUCGUACUUCAGAGAUCCACCGGGUUGCAUUUCCACCGAGCCACUGGUCGUGGAUUCCGGACCCACACACAUCUCGUUGUCGUGGGGCAAGCCGGCUAGUGCCAACUCAGCUCCGGUGAUGGCCUACAAGGUGGAGGCCUGGGUGGUGGGUCACGAGGGCGGUGCCUACUGGCGGGAGUUGGGUCUGACGCCCAUCAACUCGUUCGACGCCUUCAACCUGAAGCCCAACGUUGAGUACCACUUCCGCGUGACGCCCAAGAACCGAUAUGGCUGGGGACCCACCGUCCAGACCAGCAGCCCUCUCCAAGUGGGCGGUGUCGAGUGCCUGCCGGAGUUCGUCAAGAUCCUGCCGGGUCAGGCCAAGGCUCUGCUGGGCUCCUCCUUCACCCUGCAGUGCAACAUGCGUGGCGCGCCAAGGCCCCAGGUCAACUGGUUCAAGGAUGGCAUUCAGCUGAGCAGCAGCUCGGAACGUGUCAAGAUCCGGCAGAUCGGUUCCACCUGCGCCCUCACCAUUGCCACCGUCAGCGAACUGGACUCGGGUCGUUACACCUGCGAGGCGACCAACUCGAAGGGCAGAGUUUCCACAUUUGCCCGCCUCCAAGUCGUUUCCGAUUCGAGAAUCUACGAGGCGGACUCGCGUCUAAAGGAGAUCGCCCAUGGUCGCAAUGUGGCGGAUGUCGGUGACUCGCUGCCCAUCUUCACUAUGCGCCUAAGGGAUCGACGCGUCCAGGUGACCUAUCCGGUACGACUCACCUGCCAGAUCGUGGGCUAUCCUGUGCCAGAGAUCUUAUGGUACAAGGACGAUCAGCUCAUCCACACGGAUAAAAAGCAUUUGAUCAGCGCCGAGGGACAGUUCUUUACGCUGGAAAUUGCUGCCACCUCGCUAGACGACAGCGGUACCUACACUUGCCUGGCGAGGAACGAGCUGGGUUCCGUUUCCUGCCACUGCACCCUGGUCGUGGACAAGGGCAUUCGAGCCUACAUCUCGCCGGACUUCUAUGUCCCCUUGGAUCCCUUCUACAUAUUCCGCGAGGGUUCCGAAAUCCGUCUGUCCACGAAGGUCGAGGCCUAUCCAUCCGUCGGUGUCACCUGGCACCGCAACGGGAUGCGCCUGCGACCCAGUCGUCGCCUGACCGCCACCUUGGACUCCAAUGGUUUUGUGGAGCUAAUCAUUGCCGAGGCCACGGUGCGAGAUGCCGGAAUCUAUGUGUGCGUUGCAUCCAACGUGGUGGGUAAGGUGGAGACCAUCUGCCGCGUGGCCAUUGAGGAGGAGGAGAACAAGGUGGUGGCGCCGCAGCGAUCCCUGGAAAUCCCCAGCAUUAAGACUGAUGAUCUGCCUUAUUCCAAGGAGCCCCUGUUUGUGGUCAAGCCACGAUCCAGCGAGGCGUACGAGGGUGACAACGUCAUCAUAUUCUGCGAGGUGGUCGGCGAUCCCAAGCCCGAAGUCGUUUGGCUGCGCGAUUUUCUAAAUCCGGAGUACUACAAGGACGCGCCCCACUUCCGGCGCAUUGGAGACGGACCCGAGUACAGGCUGGAGAUACCCAGCGCCAAGUUGGACUUCACCGGCACCUAUUCCGUGAUAGCCAGCAAUUGCCAUGGCGAGGCCAAGGCUGUAAUAUCGCUUCAAAUAUUCGCCAAAGAUAUACUCAACAAAAGCCGCAUGGAUAAAGUGCACACGAGACAUGGCAACAUCGAGACCCUUCCCCGAUUCGUUCGCAACUUGCGAAACCUGCGCUGUUGCGAUGGGGAUGCGAUAUCGCUGGAAUGCCAUGUUGAGGCCGAUCCAGAGCCAUUCAUCAUCUGGGAAAAGGAUGGGCAUGUUGUGCCCAGCGAUCGCGACUACGUGAUGUCCUUCGAUGGCACAAAGGCCACGCUGAGCAUUCCUCGCGUGUAUCCAGAGGAUGAGGGCGAGUACACUUGCGUGGCUAAGAACUCGGUGGGCCGCAGUCUCUCCUCCGCCUGCAUCAUUGUGGAUGUGCCCGAGGAGAAGGAGAAUAUGCUGAGUCGCCAGCUGGCGCGUCCCAGUGGCCUGCUCUCCGCCCACUCCACGCCACGUUCCACGCCGAGAUCGACCCCCGCCCGAAGUUUCUCUCCCCUGCGCCUGUCCUACCGCACCAGCAGCAUCGAUCUGUCCGCCGUGGCGGAGCGGAGACGCAGUGAUGCCCGGAAUGCCAUCACGGCGCCCAAGUUUCUCGCCAUUCCCUACAAUCGCGUCGUCGAGGAGGGCGACAGUGUGCGCUUCCAGUGCGCCAUCGCCGGACAUCCCACGCCAUGGGCGACGUGGGACAAAGAUGGCCUUAUUGUGACACCCACGCCGCGCAUUGCCGUCAAGGAAAUCGAUGAUCUUCGCAUCAUAGAGAUCGAUGAGGUGACCUUCGACGAUGCCGGCCUGUAUCGCGUCACGCUGGAGAACGAUUUCGGGCGUAUUGAGGCCACCGCCCGCUUGGACGUCAUCCGCAGCUCCCGCUACUCCAAGUCGCCGUCGGUGCGCAGUGUGCGUGCCUCCUCCUCCCGCCGAAAUGCCCAUUUGUACAGGCGCAUCAUGGGGCCAUCCACAGCAAUUGGCGGACGCAUGGCUCUGGCAAGUGGCUAUCGGGGCUCCUCGGUGCCCUCGGUGAGAUUCUACCACAACGACGUGGAGCUGGAGGCCUCGGAACGAGUGCACAUCCUGCUGCAGGACUCCAUGGCCCUGCUGCUCGUGGAUAAUGUGACGCGCGAGGAUGAGGGCCAGUACACCUGCAUCAUAAGUGGCGACCACGAUCCCCUCAUCAGUUCCACCACAGUCACCUUCCAUGACCCGAAUACGACUAUUCCCAGGCGGCGUGCUGUCAUCACUGAACCACUGCCCGAGAUUACCAAAUCGCUGGAGGGCGAGGUGAUCGAUCUGUGCUGCUCCAUCGAUUGCGACGAGCCCUACAGCUACGUAUGGCUGCGAAAUGGCGAAAUUCUACCGGACAGCGAUGAGUUCAAUUACAUUGAUCACGGCAAUGGACGCCUCUGCCUGCGAAUCAACGACGCCUUCGACAUUGACUCCGGCACCUACAGCUGUCAGGUGUUUACAUCCAGCGACAUCAACGACUCCACCUCCGACUCCAAUCCGAACUGCAGCUCCAUUUCCAGCGGAUGUGAUUGCAGCAGCAGCGGCGAGCUGUGCGUCCUGGAGCGCGAUCUCCGUGGCCAGGACGAGGAGUGUGUCCAGCUGCUGAAGACGCCACUACCGGUGGUCUGCGCCGCCGGCGAGGAAGCCCUCUUCUACGCCCGUGUUUUCCCCUGCGACGCGGAAGCCGACUGGUAUCUCAAUGGGCAGCUUUUGGCCCAGGCGGAUGACUCACUUAACAUGACGUUGGAGUCUUAUCCAGAGAACGGCAUUCGGCUGCUGCGCAUGCGCGACGUGACCGCAUCGAGGAGCGGCGAGAUCUGUCUGCAGGUGAAGCAUCCCCAGGCGGAGUCCCGUCGGAUUCCCGCCACCCGCACCUACACCAGCCUCCUGGUACUGCCCGCCAUCCGGGGCAACAGCUCCUCCUCCUCCUCCUCGCUGGCGGCCAGAAGCUGCAUUUCGACGCGCCCCGAGGACUGCACCGCCUUGAUUGGUGGACAUGUUCGGCUGAGCGUUCGCUACGAGCCAUUCCCGGGCACCCAGGUCAUCUGGUACAAGGCGUGCCAUCCCAUUGUUGAGGGCUCCAAUGUGACGAUCCGGACGACGAGCCAGCAGUCGACGCUCUACAUCACGGACAUCUCGGCGGACGACAGUGGCAAGUAUACGGUGGAGGUGAUGAACGACUACGGCGUGGAGGCGGCCGCUGCCUCGGUGGCAGUGGAAGGUCCUCCGGAGCCACCAAGUGGCCAGCCCAGCGUAUCCCUCGGUCCAGAUCGCGUGGCCGUCGCCUGGUGUGGUCCACCCUACGACGGUGGCUGUAUGCUCACAGGUUUUAUCAUUGAGAUGCAGACCAUUGGGCAGGACGGUGAUGAGGACAGCUGGCAGCUGGUGACCCGAGUGGUGGACAGCUUAGCGUACACGGUCAAGAACCUGCAGCCACAGAUGCAGUACCGAUUCCGAGUGCGUGCCGAGAAUGUCCAUGGACGCAGUGCACCCGGCCAGGCCAGCGAACUGGUACAGAUAACCAAUAGGCCACAGAGAACUGCAUCAGAUGCCAGCGAUCAUUUUGGACGGACGACAGUGAGCGUGCAGUCUGGUGGAGAUUUCAAAUCGCGUUUCGAGAUCAUCGAGGAGCUGGGCAAGGGGCGAUUUGGCAUCGUUUACAAGGUGCAGGAGCGCGGUCAACCGGAGCAGCUGCUGGCCGCCAAGGUGAUCAAGUGCAUCAAGUCUCAGGAUCGGCAGAAGGUGCUCGAGGAGAUCUCCAUCAUGCGUUCGCUGCAGCAUCCCAAGCUCCUCCAGCUGGCUGCCUCCUUCGAAAGUCCCAGGGAGAUUGUCAUGGUGAUGGAGUACAUCACUGGCGGCGAAUUAUUCGAGCGUGUGGUGGCCGAUGACUUCACCUUGACCGAAAUGGACUGCAUCCUGUUCCUGCGACAGGUGUGCGAUGGAGUGGCCUACAUGCACGGCCAGAGUGUGGUGCAUCUCGAUCUGAAGCCGGAGAACAUUAUGUGCCAUACCCGCACCAGCCACCAGAUCAAGAUCAUUGACUUUGGAUUGGCCCAACGACUGGAUACGAAAGCACCCGUCCGCGUUCUCUUUGGAACUCCAGAGUUCAUACCACCGGAGAUCAUUAGCUACGAGCCCAUAGGUUUUAAGUCCGACAUGUGGAGCGUGGGCGUCAUUUGCUACGUGCUACUCUCGGGUCUGUCACCCUUCAUGGGCGAUACCGAUGUGGAAACCUUCUCGAACAUAACCAGAGCGGACUACGACUACGAUGACGAGGCCUUUGACUGCGUUUCGCAAGAGGCCAAGGACUUCAUCUCGCAGUUACUGGUUCACCGCAAGGAGGAGCGCCUGACCGCCCAGCAAUGCCUGGAGUCCAAGUGGCUGAGCCAGCGCCCAGACGAUAAUCUCAGCAACAACAAGAUCUGCACGGACAAGCUGAAGAAGUUCAUCAUUCGGCGCAAGUGGCAGAAAACCGGAAAUGCCAUCCGUGCACUUGGUCGCAUGGCCAAUCUGUCGGUGUCGCGAAGGAACUCUGCCAUCGCCAUGGGAGUGCUGAGUAGUCCGAGGCCUUCGAUAUCCGGUCUGGGCAUGUUGACCGCCAGUGCCAUCGGUGGUGGGACUAGCUCUCAAAUGACAUCCCUACACGAGGAGGAGGACGACUUCAGCGGUGAGAUGCCGCCAGUGGAGAAGCGCACCGUUCUCAAGCUGCGGGACAAGUCGCAGUGCAGUGAACGCAGUGAUUCGGGCUACAGCGAGUGCUCUAAUUGCAGUGGCGCCCAGGAGACGCUGCUCCUCUCGCUGGCCAAGUCCAAGCUGGAGGCGAUAGCCAAGGCGAGCACCAUGCCCGCCGUUGUGCACGACGACACGGAGCAUUCCGUCACCCUGGAGCUGCCCACCAAGGGCGAGGCCAUCAUGCGCUCCGACUUCACCAACACCAUCAAGAUGCGCAAGAAGUCACUGGAGGAUAGUGCUGCGCGGGAGAAACCAAAGUCCAAGCCCCAGGUCAAGCCCCUCUUGUGUGAGUCCAAGCUGAAGGUGUCCCAGCUGAAGGACAGGUUCCAGGUGUCACCUGCUCCUGCUUCUGCAUCCGCAUCCGCUGCUAACAAACCUCCGCUUGCCUUUGAGUCCUACAAAAUAGCCAAGGUGGCGAGUGUGGGACGCAUCAGUAGAACAGAGGAGUCGGGCAGGAACGGUAGAGGCGCCUGCUCCAGCACACCCAGUGGAUCCUCCAAAGGCAAGCCCCCCCAGGUGCGAUCUAUGCCCAGCUCUCCGCUGCCCCAGCGAUCCGCGACGCCAACGCGGCUGAUGAGCCAACGUGUCCGCGAGGCGGCCGAGCGUCUUGCCCAACAGCACACGGUGGCCAGUGCUCGGCGGCAGUUUGGCAAUGGGAAGGGCACUGGAAUUGGCACUGGCACUGGCACUGGCAAUGGUAAUGGCAACAGUAAUGGCAACAGUAAUGGCAAUGGUAAUGGGAACACGGCGGAGACGGCGAAUCGCGAAUCACGCGCGCGACGUCUCAUCAACCGAUUCAACAACGAAACGCAGCAUAUCACGUCCUAGAUUAAGUCGGUUAAAUGCCGACGAGCAUAACUUUAUUACAGAUAAAGCAGAUAUAUAGCAUUGUUUAAGUAAAAAAAAAGAAAUAUACCCCAGAGAAACUCUACGAAAUAUCACUCGAAUAUGAAGCGACUGCGACUGCGAAUGCGAGGCGACAGCGGAUCCGAACGCACCCACCCAGCAUCCUGGAUCGCGGAUCCACAAUCCACACCCACUCACAGUAGGAUAUAUAUGCAAGGACUCCCUCCGGUCAGAGGGAACUGUACUUAGGCUAGAGGAAGCUAAGUGUUUAAAUUAUUGUAUCGAUUUAUAUACAUAUUUACCAUACUAAUUAAAGUUAAUGUAACGAAA